AAGAAUUUAAUAAAGUCACUUCCUUGAAGAAACGGAUUCGCUUUUGCUUCUCUCAAUGGAUACUAUUCGUGGAGAUCUGUUCUUCAUCAUCAUCUGCUCAACUCUCUUCUUCGAGAUCUCCUCCCUCCCGGAUCCGUCCUUCUACGAUUACCUCCGCGAGAGCGGCCUCCCGGCGGGAAUAGUCCCCAAGGGAGUCACCAACUUCUCGAUCGACGUCAAAACGGGGCGUUUCACCGUCGCUCUCCCCGUCCCCUGCGACGCCAAAUUCGAGAACCAGUUCCACUUCGACUACAACAUCUCCGGCGUCCUCUCCGACGGCCGGAUCGGGAACUUGUCCGGCGUCACGCAGAAGGAGCUCUUCCUCUGGUUCGCUGUCAGAGGGAUACACGUGGAUCCCGUGAGCUCGGGGCUGAUCCACUUCGAUGUCGGCGUCGCUGAUAAGCAGCUUUCUUUGUCGUUGUUCGAGUCGCCUCGUGAUUGCACGGCGGCUGAGUUUGAGCACCGUUCCGUUGAUCUCUCGAAACCACGUGAUGAUGAUCUAAAGAAGCAAUCGUCUGGAGAUAAACAAUCGAUCUUUGGACCACCGAGGAAUCGCUGGACAAUAUCAUCUUAGUUUUUUUUUUUGUGGGAAAGAGGUGCAAGUUCCACUGGAUACUGAUGAUGUUUUAUGGUGUGUCUUGUAAAGAGUUUGGCUUUUAGUUUUUUUUUUUUUUCUUGUGGUAUACUACUGUAUCAGUUAGUAUCUCAACGGUAUAAGUUUCAAUGACUGCUUAGAGGAAUUUAGGAGGUAUGAGUUCUUUUUUGGUUUGUAAAAUAGAUUAGGGGUUUAAGACAUAUAUAUAUAUACGUAUAUGCUACGUGUGUGGAUUUUUUUUCAGACACAUUGGUGUGUUCUGUUAUCACCUUUUUGUUU